GCACAGUUCAAGUAUGUGUGCUGCAUCCUAAUGCACUGAGCUAUGUCCCAAGAGGAGGGUGGAGGAAAGAAACACACAGACAGAACUUUGGGAAGUCGGGUCUCUUUAAAAAAGAGAGAGAGGAGAGAGAGGGAGGCAGUCCGUUCUGUUGAGUUUGCACCCCUGGCAAUAAAUUUGAGUCAGCACCAAAAAGACAGCUCUGCAGUCCUCCUCCGACGGAGCGAGCGCUGAUCAGGUGGUUGCAGAACCCCUGGAAACGGCAGUACGAUGCAGCUGAGGCGGCAAAGCACAACCCACAGACAAACUGUGGCUCCCUUCGAGAGCAAGCCGGCCUUUGCGUUCCCAUCUUCCAGGGAAAGGAUGCACUAAGGCUGCGGUAGGGACUAGGGCAACCAUGGAAAACCGGGUCUUGAAGGCGCCACCCUGUGUCCUGGCUCUUCUCUUCAUCCUACCAGCCGUUCAGGGGAUUUGUCCUUCUGUGUGUUCAUGCUCAGGAAACGACAGGAAUGUGGACUGUUCUGGCGGAAACCUGACAACACUGCCCCACGGACUUCAGAAUAACAUCACCUAUUUAAACCUGUCCCACAACCACUUGGUGGACCUGGACCACCAGCUGACAAAGUUCACCAAUUUGAGGACCCUGGAUCUUUCCCACAAUUGGCUCCAGAACCUCCCAGCUCACCUGCCCAGGUCACUGUGGGAAAUAUAUGCGGCAUACAACAACAUCAGGGUCCUUCAGAAGCUUGACACGGCAUACCAGUGGAACCUUAAAGUCCUUGAUGUCUCCAGGAACAUGGUGGAAAGGGCCGUCCUCAUUAACAACACCAUGAGCAGCCUCAGGUUCCUCAACCUUAGUAGCAACAAGCUCUGGACUGUCCCCACCAACAUUCCUUACAACACCGAAACGGUGGAUCUAUCUGACAACUUCUUGACACAAAUACUACCAGGCACACUAAUGAGGCUCACGCACCUUUCUAAGUUUUACCUGCACAACAACAAGUUCACCUAUAUUCCUGAGGGAGCUUUUGACCAGCUUGUCCAACUCCAACUAAUAACCCUUUACAACAACCCUUGGGCAUGUGGAGAUGAUAGCGAGGAAGCCCUCUCCUAUCUCCAGAAAUGGGUGGAAGAAACCAGCGCUAUGGUCCUGGGGUCGCCGUGCUCCUUUGAGGCCACCACGUACUUGCCAACUCCCACAACGGCAGAGAACCCCCUCCUUGUGAAAGCAAUGAAGGCGUUGCACACAGCUGGGCCUCCGGUGGCAACUGAACAAACCAGACUCGUGCAUCAACAGUUCAGAAUGAAAGACAUCAGUCUAAGCGCUACUGUUGGGCGAACAAUUGCAUUCACAAGCACGGGCAGGCCGCUGUCCUUGCACCCGGAAGGGCUGAGCACAGAGAAGCUCAGUUCUUAUGAAGCGGCUGCAGCCGGGCACACCAUCUACAUUCAAGAUACAUCCUCUCUGAAUGCAAGCACAAUAGGCCUAGCAGGAUUGUCCACCACGCCAAUGACCUUGGGUAUCACCAGCGGGAUGCCUACAAACUAUUCAAAGAGACCUCAAAGCACAACUACUGUAAAGAGAGAGGAAUCUACCAAGAAAAUUAACCCUCGGGCACCCUCCAAAGCAACGUCUUCAGAGCGGUGCUGGAUCUUUGUCGUAAUGCUUGCCGUGGUGUCCCUAGAAAUGGGCUAUGGAUUUGUGCUGAAGUGAAUAAGUUGCUUUGUUAUUCCAAUGUGGAGGGAACAUAAAUGCUUGUGUGCCAUGUCUUAAAUGCAAGUAGAAAUGCCCGUUUAAGAGUCCAAAAAGUGACCAUAAAAAGAACGCAACUCCUACACGAAAAGACUGCACAAAAUUAUGUCUUGAUAACCAAGCUGCUACUUAUUCUAACUAUGUCUUACUGAAUUAAGGGGGUGGGGGGUGGGGAAGAGAAGCCUAAUUCUAUCAAAUAAUAUAAUCGUUUUUAAAUGAAAUGUGCUUAUUUUGUAUUUACAUUUUUAAUUUUCUUCACACAAAUAUAUAUAUAUGAAAAUAUGUCAGUAUUUUAUGUAUUGAUUAUGAAUAGUUUUGUCAUUAAACAUCUGGAAAGAAAAAGGCCUGUAUUAUAUAUGUAUUGCCUUGCUUGACUUGCCAGUCAGAGUCCUGUAAUAGAUAAGUCCUGGUCCUUUAUAAGAGAUGAAAUGCAAAAAAAUGAAAAAGGGAGACAAUAAAGACAUCUAAAACUCA